UCAUGCUUUUCCCUUGCCCUCCCUCCCUCCUCCUCCCCUUUCCUUCUUCUGUAUCGCAUCGCGCCUGCCUCGUGUAUUUGUGCGUGUGCGCGCGCUCUCCCCCCUUUCUCGUCCCGCGCGACACCUAACUUCGCCGACUGGAAUUUUGCGCGCGUGCACGCUUGUGUGCGCGUACGGGGGGGGCGGUGUAGGUGGAGGACCAUAGAGCUAGGGUUGUGUGAGAGGGACAGGGCUAGAGCGUCGAGGCAGACAGCGGCAGCAGUAGCAGCGGGCGGGGCGAGCCAGUCAGAGUCCGCCAGGAAGCUGAGAGCGAGCUGCGCCGUGUGUCUCCUCCUCCGCCUCGUUCCCCGGACAAAGCCGCCGCGGUCGCCGCCGCUACCGCUACCACCCCCGCCCCUUCGUUUCUCCUCCCCCAUCCCUCACCAAUAGUUCACCUCGGAACGACGCCUCUGCCGGACGGAGCCAUGUCGGCCAGCAGCCUCUUGGAGCAGAGACCUAAGGGCCAAGGUACCAAAGUGCAAAAUGGAUCAGUGCAUCAGAAAGAUGGAUUAAAUGAUGAUGAUAUUGAACCUUAUUUGAGUCCUCAGGCCAGACCGCUCCAGUUGGCUUGUCUGCAUCCUGUCCCCCACUUGUCCCGGAUAUCAAGUAAAGUGACUGCAGAACCUUGGUCGGAUGAAAAGAAAAGAGCUGGGUGUUGCCAGCAUUCUUAUGACACCUCAUGCCAGAACAACGCAUACACUGCAAUGUCUGAUUCCUACAUGCCGAAUUACUACAGUCCAUCCAUUGGAUUCUCCUACUCUUUGGGUGAAGCUGCUUGGUCUACUGGGGGUGAUCCACCAAUGCCCUACUUAACAUCAUAUGGACAGCUAAGCAAUGGAGAACCUCACUUUCUCCCGGACGCCAUGUUUGGACAGCCAGGGGCCCUUGGCAGCACACCAUUUCUUGGUCAGCAUGGAUUUAAUUUUUUUCCAAGUGGGAUUGACUUCUCAGCUUGGGGCAAUAACAGUUCUCAGGGGCAGUCAACUCAAAGUUCUGGGUAUAGUAGCAACUAUGCUUAUGCACCAAGCUCAUUGGGUGGAGCCAUGAUUGAUGGACAGUCUGCUUUUGCCAGUGAGACCCUGAAUAAGGCACCUGGCAUGAAUACCAUAGACCAAGGGAUGGCAGCCUUGAAGCUAGGCAGCACUGAUGUAGCAAGCAAUGUCCCAAAAGUUGUUGGCUCUGCUGUUGGCAGUGGAUCUAUUGCCAGCAAUAUUGUAGCUUCUAACAGUUUGCCCCCUGCUACCAUUGCUCCUCCAAAGCCAACAUCCUGGGCUGAUAUUGCCAGCAAACCAGCAAAACAACAACCCAAGCUGAAGGCCAAGAAUGGCAUUGCAGGAUCAAGUCUUCCACCGCCCCCCAUAAAACAUAACAUGGAUAUUGGAACUUGGGAUAACAAAGGGCCAGUGACAAAAAAUCCUUCCCAGGCUUUAGUUCAGAAUAUUGGUCAACCACCAACCCAAAUAUCUCCCCAAUCAGUGGGUCAGCAAAUGAGUAACAGCCCACCAGCAGUGCAGCCUUCAGCAGGACAACAACAACAACCCCUGCCACCUCCACCACCCCAAUCAACUCAGCUGCCAGUUCAGCAACAGGCAGCUCAGCCUGCCCGCUGGGUUGCACCUCGUAACCGUGGCAAUGGGUUUGGCCAGAAUGGAGUGGAUGGUAGUGCAGUUGGACAGUCUCAAGUCACUUCUGGUUCUGCCCCUUCGGAGCCGCACCCAGUCUUGGAGAAGUUGAGAUCCAUCAACAACUAUAAUCCUAAGGAUUUUGAUUGGAACCCGAAACAUGGUCGGGUUUUCAUUAUCAAGAGUUAUUCUGAGGAUGAUAUUCACCGUUCCAUUAAGUAUAACAUCUGGUGCAGUACAGAGCAUGGUAAUAAGAGACUGGAUGCUGCUUACCGCUCCAUGAACGGAAAAGGUCCUGUUUACUUACUGUUCAGUGUCAAUGGCAGCGGUCAUUUCUGCGGAGUUGCAGAAAUGAAAUCUGCUGUGGACUACAACACAUGCGCAGGCGUGUGGUCCCAGGACAAAUGGAAGGGACGCUUUGAUGUCAGGUGGAUUUUUGUGAAGGACGUUCCCAACAGCCAACUCCGGCACAUUCGCCUAGAGAACAAUGAGAAUAAACCAGUGACCAACUCCAGGGACACUCAGGAGGUUCCUCUGGAAAAGGCUAAGCAGGUGCUGAAAAUCAUUGCUACCUACAAGCACACCACUUCCAUCUUUGAUGACUUCUCACACUAUGAGAAACGCCAGGAGGAGGAGGAAAAUGUGAAAAAGGAACGUCAAGGUCGUGUCAAGUAAAAUGGUGGGCCCUUCCACAGAGACUGCAGCAGACAUGCUGCAGUGUGGAUAUCUUUCAGAAAGGAAGAAAAACUACACCAGAGAAAAUUAGAACUUGUUUCAUUGACUUCAUACAAACUCUUAUAAACUUACAGUUUUAAAAAAAGUAUUGGAAUUUCACAAGAGACAUAGGACUUAAAAACAAAACAAAAAAAACCUUCUAGGUAGAGUAGAGGUGAAAACUGUCCCCUUUCUUUUGGCUUUGGUUGUGAUUUCAGAGCAUACGCUUUGGUUUUUUGUCUUUUUACUAUGUUGAGCGGAUUUUGAAGUCCGCAAGUGGCAUAUGCCUUUUCCUCUAAUUUUUAAACCUGCUGCUUCCCUGGUUUCCUGACCUUCUGAAACCCUCUUUCUUCUGGUUUUUUUUUUGGCAUUUGCACUUGGAACACCGAGUUGUGACUUUCUUUUGGACAUCUACCAUGGAAAGUGGAAUGAAUAACUUUUUUUCCAUGGACUGGAAGAGGAAUUUUAUGAAGAAUGUGAGUUUUUUAUGCCUAGAAGAUUUGAAUGGAAUCUGUCAGCAAGGUCAUGUCUGAGGGGUGGUUCAUUUUCUCUCAGUCAGAUACGAGGAGUCCUAAGAAAUGUUCUGUUCUUGUGCAUUAUAUGGAUUACAGAUUAAGUCUGGCUUGAUUUGAUUUGAAGGCUGAGAAGAGAACAGUGGUAAAAACUUGUUUGUUUACAGGAAAAUUAAUUUUGGAAGAAAAAUAUUGUAAACUGUGUAGUGAAUGUUUCUUCAGUUUUCUUGUUAAGCCAAUGAGGAAUGGGCGCUGCCUUUCUUUCACCAUUAAUCACUUCUCAGUAAUAAACGUGAGAUCCUGUUGAGCAUCA